AUUUUGGUUUUAACGAAAUAUAAAUGCUUGCAGCAUGAUCACCUUGGUCGUCCUCGAAAGCAAAAGUUAACAAAGAACGGAAAAUUGGUAAUGGAAGUACGAGCGAAAUGCUUCAACGCUUCACUAGCCGUACAAAAAUAUGACCGCUGUCCGACCUGUGCUGAGCACCACAGUAUCGCGGUGGUUGAACAGUACACGGAUCCAGAAACGAGCAACGAUUUAUUGCAUCGUAUCAAUGGUAAUGAUCACUUCAUUUAUGCGCUGCUGAUACUAUCAGCAUUUACGGCUGUAUUGACAACCGGAUUCGCUUGCCUCUUUAUUGCCUUUCUACAUCAAAAGCGGCGCUUGAAAGUAUGUACAUCCAAGCAGCGCUUGCAUUCCGAACCGCUCAAUACGAUACAUACGUUGCAUGCUUGCCCCGAAGAUACAAGGUAUUCACUUUAUUAUCUCAGUACUAGGAGUACCAUGAGUCAGUACGAUGUCCCGUGGGAGCAAGUUUCAACAACAUAUCGACGACCACCUUACCGAAAUUUAAGUAGCAAAGGCAGUUUUACCGCAAUGCCGCCCUCAUUGAUUGGACCAGUCUCCGAUGUCACGGCGCUGGCACGACCUGAUAUCAGAAAAACUUCACCAAGUUCGUCGUUCGGUGCCGAGCGGCAUGACGAUAGCGGCUUAGAAUCUGUUUAG